CGCAGCUACCUCUUGACUAGACCCCCGCCCUCUCCCUCUCCACCCCCGUCCCCCUCCUCCCAAGAUGGCCGCCGACAACUCUACCCGCGAGGCCCAUGUCUACAUGUCGCGCAUCAGCGAGCAGGCUGAGCGCUACGACGAGAUGGUCAACGAGAUGAAGGAGGUCGCCAAGCUCGGCGUCGAGCUCACUGUCGAGGAGCGCAACCUCCUGUCGGUCUCGUACAAGAACGUCAUCGGUGCCCGCCGCGCGUCGUGGCGCAUCAUCUCGUCGAUCGAGCAGAAGGAGGAGGCCAAGGGCAACCAGAGCCAGGUCCAGAAGAUCAAGGCCUACCGCGAGAAGGUCGAGGGCGAGCUCUCGGACGUCUGCAACGACAUCCUCAACGUCCUCGACCAGCACCUCAUCCCGGCCGCCCAGGCCGGCGAGUCCAAGGUCUUCUACCACAAGAUGAAGGGCGACUACCACCGCUACCUCGCCGAGUUUGCGUCGGGCGACCAGCGCGAGAAGGCGUCCGAGGCUGCCCACGAGUCGUACAAGACCGCGAGCGAGAUUGCCACCUCGGAGCUCGCCCCGACGCACCCGAUCCGCCUCGGCCUCGCGCUCAACUUCUCGGUCUUCUACUACGAGAUCCUCAACUCGCCCGAGAAGGCGUGCCACCUCGCCAAGACCGCCUUUGACGACGCCAUCGCCGAGCUCGACACCCUGAGCGAGGAGUCCUACAAGGAUUCGACGCUGAUAAUGCAGCUGCUUAGGGACAAUUUGACCCUCUGGACCUCGGACCUCUCGGCCGAUGUCGACGAGCCCAAGCAGGAGGACAAGCCCGCCGAGGCUGCGCCUACCGGCGAGGAGGCUGCCUAAGCGGCUCCGCCGCAGGUCUGCGCCGUCACCGCCGUCGUCGUGGUCGUCGUCGUCGAGGACGGCGCCCCUUCCCUCCUCCCGGCCACUUUUCGACCCUUUCCUCUCUCCCAGCUCCCCAUCUCUUUUCUCCAUACGUCUCUCUCCGUCGUCGUCGUCACGUAGCGCCCCCCUCUCCCACCUACUUUCAUCGUUGUUCCUUCAAUCGUCGCCCGCGCGCGCUUCUGCCCACUUUUCGCCUCGGCGGUCGCCCGU